AUGAACCGGUUCUGCUCUCUCACUUGCGAGUCAAGAUCAAGGGAGGCUUAUCACCAGGCUUGGUGCAUCGCAUCUGUGACUAUCAGCGAGUCCAUGUCAGUACUGAUUAAGUACACCAAUGACCACAUCAACAGGGAUAGCAUGGCCGCAUCUCUAAUGCUCAAUCUUCGCCUGCUCCGAAAACCCCGAUGCGUGUCAUUCAAGACUGUCUUCAUCAAUCCAAUCACAUUCAUGACUCUUCGGAUCUCCAAGAAACCAGAGAACCUUCUGGUGGUAUAUCCUAGCCCGACUACCAACCUCCGAUUUGGGGUUCAAAAUUCCAUGCCCUUCCAAUGGAUGACGUCCGAGAAUUGUGGUGCACUGCUCAUAGAGCGAAGAGCCGACGCAUACCUCAUCGUCGCACCUGAAAAGAACAAAAUGGCAGAUUUGCAGGGUGAGCGAGACAAGAAUUUUGGCAUUGAAUCUGACGAGGUUGAUCUGCCAGGAGAAGAUCUAAUAGAAUAUGCACAAUGGACUGAGAAGAGUGGUGGCAAAACCACAUUUGUGUCGGCUUUUGCACUGGUCGAAUGGUCAAGGUUAUCCGUCUGCCAGCAGACUAUCCAGGCCGAUAACAAAGCCAUCUACGGCUCUUUCAACAAGGCUGUCCUGGUCUUGGACCCUUCUGAUGCUUAA